UCCUACCGUCAGUACGUCUCUAUAGAUCUAUAUGAAAAUAAAAGGAGCGACUCACAACUUCCUGUUGGUUUGACUCGUUUGGCUUCGCCUCCGAGCCAAAGAUCCCAAUGGAGAACUACUUGCACGAGAACUUCGACGUCCAGCGGAAGAACCUCUCGCCGGAGGCCUCAAGCAAUUGGAGGAAAGCUGUCAGCCGCGUCGUCAAGAACCCUGCCAGGAGGUUCCGACAUGUCCCCGAUCCUGCCAAGCGCGCCGAGGCUGAGAAGAAGAAGAAGCAAACCCAGGAGAAGAUUAGAGUGGCACUGUAUCCUCAAAAAGCUGCAUUGAUGUUUAUAGAGGCUGGGGGUGGGAGACAUGAAACUGUGUAUAGGAGGGGCCCUGGAUGCAGAUCAAAAUGUCCUCAAGUUACCAUAGUUGGCCGCCGUGAUGUGAGAAAGCUGAAAAAUCGUGAUGGUGUUGAGGGUAUUGCACGAAUCGAUGGCAGUGAUAAGAUGAAGUUUUGCACUGUAUAUCUUAUGAAUCGUAAACUUAUCAUGUACAUUUUGGUCGUGGUUUUCUUUUUAUGGUGUUUUUGAUAUGGCUGUAAUUUUAAGAAAGACACAUAAAGUCCAUUGGAGAGACACAUAAGUUUCUCUAAGAUGCGUAUUUGUUCACAAUCAUUAGGGGUAAUGCAAAGGAACUCUUUUCCAUUCUCUACA